GGGAAAGACAAUAAACUAUAUAGAGAGAGAAACGAAAAAAUAAACACAAAAAACUAGUAGUAAUAAACAAAGAGUUUGAGUUUGUUCAAUCACACACACUGCUUCAGAAAAAAAGAAAAACAAAAAAGAACCCACCUUUAUCUUCUUCCUGUUCUUUCAAGGAAAACAAGAAUCAGAGCAAGGAAGCACAGUAUAAUUGGUCCCUAUCUCUGUCUCCUUCCCUCCCUCCUCUCUAUAUUUAUAUAUAUCCACAUAUAUAUAUAUAUUAAGAUAUAUUUGUUUAAUGGUUGUUGAGCGUAUUGGUGCAUAUAUGGAGGGUGUUUGAUGGAUCUGUAGAUCUAACCCUUUGAGAAAGGCUUAGUUUGAUUCAGAUCUCAGUCCUUUUCAGUUAGCAAGCUUGAAGAAUUGACUAUAAAACUGGUACUAGUGAGAGAGAGACUGGGGAGUUAGGAGAUUUUGGUCAAGAGUGAUCUUAGUUGCAUCCAAUUUUGGAUGUUGAAAAAUCGGCAGUAAUCAGGGGUGAAAUGAGGGAUGCUAUCAAGGUUAAUAAAUAUACUGAGGGCAUGUUGGCGGCCAUCGUCGGGUCUGCAUUCGGGUUCUGAUGCUGCUGGGCGGCAGGAUGGACUGCUUUGGUACAAGGACAGUGGUCAACAUUUGAUUGGUGAUUUUUCAAUGGCUGUUGUCCAGGCCAACAAUUUGCUGGAAGAUCAAAGCCAGGUUGAAUCUGGUUCGCUAAGCUUGUUUGAUUCUGGCCCGUAUGGAACAUUUGUAGGAGUGUAUGAUGGCCAUGGAGGACCAGAAACGUCCCGGUUCAUCAAUGAUCAUCUUUUUCAGAAUCUCAAAAGGGUUACAGCAGAGCAAAAUUCAAUGUCAGUGGAGGCAAUAUGUAAAGCAUUUCAGUCAACUGAAGACGGAUUUCAAUCUGUGGUAGCCAAACAUUGGCCAACAAAUCCACAGAUGGCUGCAGUGGGAUCUUGUUGCCUUGUUGGCAUUGUCUGUGAAGGGAUCCUUUACAUUGCUAAUCUUGGGGAUUCACGGGCUGUGUUGGGGAGGUCAGUGAAGUCAACCGGAGAGGUUCUUGCCAUUCAACUCUCGACUGAGCAUAACGCGAGCAUAGAGUCUAUCAGACAGGAACUUCAUUCAAUGCAUCCUGAUGAUCCACAUAUUGUUGUCCUGAAGCAUAAUGUUUGGCGUGUAAAGGGUGUGAUACAGGUUUCAAGAUCCAUUGGCGAUUUCUACUUAAAAAAGGCAGAGUUCAACAAAGAGCCUUUGUUUUCCAAAUUUCGCUUGCGGGAGCCUAUUAAAAAGCCACUAUUGAGCUCUGAGCCAUCAGUUUCUAUGCAUGAGCUUGAACCGCACGAUCAAUUUCUCAUAUUUGCAUCUGAUGGUCUUUGGGAACACCUCAGUAAUCAAGAUGCAGUUGAUAUUGUACACAAUGGCCCUCGAAAUGGAAGUGCUCGAAGGCUAGUGAAAGCUGCAUUGCAGGAAGCAGCAAAGAAAAGAGAGAUGAGAUAUUCUGACCUCAAGAAGAUUGACCGGGGGGUGCGCAGGCAUUUUCAUGACGACAUCACAGUUGUUGUUUUGUUUAUGGACCCAAACCUUGUAAGUAGGGCCAGCUCUUUAAGGGGUCCCACUAUUUCCGUGAGAGGAGGCGGUUUUAAACUUCGGGCUAAAACGUGAUUUGGUCCAGACCGGUCUCGGGACCGGAACCAUGGCCACCCUUAAUUCCACGGGUAGUAACAUCAUCAUUUGGUUUUGGUUCAUCAAAGAGCAAAAACACUAGCUAGAGAGAGGUCUCAACUAAUUUUAAUUCUUUUGUUGUAAAAUGUAAUCCUUUUUUUUAACAACUCUUAAACAUGCAUCUUCUUUGUUUGUCUCUUUUCACGAAAAUUAAAUUUAUACUCUAAUAAUAAUUAGUUUAAGAAAGUACUUGCGG